CCAGCAGUGGGUUCAGACUGUUGUUAAUAGCUGGGGCUACCCGGGAUUGUUCACAACAACAGAGGAAGCAGCACCAGCUCUGACCAAAUAAAGCCCCGUCGCGAUUUUUUAGAUCCUCUUUUGGAACCGCGCUAACGGAAACAAACGUAAACGCGUUCCUGCGCGAAGGGGCUUCGUUCUUCAAACUGCCGUUGCUCGCACGGAGCUAGCUUUUGUCCUCCUUCGCAGCCGCCCGUGGGUCGCCGAUUACAUUUAGACAAAUCGCCGCGGAAUAUGGCUCAGCAUGGACACCAUGUAGCCAGUUCCCAAAAAGCACUGAUGCUGGAGAUGAAAAGUCUCCAAGACGAGCCGGUGGAGGGAUUCAAAAUAACUUUGGUGGACGAGUCGGACAUGUACAACUGGGAAGUAGCGAUAUUCGGACCCCCCAAUACGCACUACGAGGGGGGGUAUUUUAAGUCCAGGAUCAAGUUCCCCGUCGACUACCCGUACUCUCCACCUGCUUUUCGUUUCCUCACCAAAAUGUGGCACCCCAACAUCUAUGAGAACGGGGAUGUGUGCAUCUCCAUCCUGCACCCACCAGUGGACGACCCCCAGAGCGGAGAGCUGCCUUCAGAGCGGUGGAACCCCACCCAGAACGUCAGGACCAUCCUGCUCAGCGUGAUCUCUCUGCUCAACGAGCCCAACACCUUCUCCCCGGCGAACGUGGACGCCUCCGUCAUGUACCGCAAGUGGAGGGACAGCAAGGGCAAGGACAGGGAAUACAUCGAGAUCAUCAGGAAGCAGGUGGUGGCCACCAAAGCCGACGCAGAGCGGGACGGCGUCAAGGUUCCCAUCACGUUGGACGAGUACUGCGUCCGCACCCAAGUCCCGCCCACAGACGACGGCUCCAACCUCCUAUACGAUGACUACUACGACGAACUCGAGGACGACGAGGACGAGGACGACGAGGACAACGAGGACUGUUGCUACGACAACGACGACUCGGGCACUGAGGACUCCUGACCGUGCCUUCCCACGAUGUCACCCCGUCCCUGACCAGCCCCCCCCCCCCCCGUCCCCCGUACACACACACACACACACGCACACACACUAGCGCACACACACACGCCACGCUCUUGUCAUGGACUGAACUUUAAUCCCCCCCCCCCCCCCCCACCUCCUUAACAAUCAUCCUCACUUAUCUCAGCGCCCCCCCCACCCUUCUCCAUCCCCAUUCUGUGCAGUGAAAGAAUGUGCACUAAAACCUGAUGCAUCAAAGAAAACAAAGCUACAGUUGUGUUUGUUUCUUACAUGUUUCUUUUUUUUUUUUUAUUAGUUGUUUGAGUAGAGGUUACGCACACAGACACACACAGCAACACACAGCAAACACAUCAAUAAUAGUACUCUCUUAUCUGCUUCGGUUUGUCUGCACUGAUAACUGGUUUCACUUUUUUUUUUUUGUAACUCUCCGAGACCCGUUGCUCCCUUCCAGCUCAGAGUGAAACGAAGCCUGUCGGAUGUCCUGGUGUCCCGUAGAACACGUGGCCGUGGUUUGGUGGCGCCUUUUCUCCACAUGCGCGGCGCAGUGGAAUGUAACGCCACGGGUCGGUGAGAGGACGAUAGGCAGGGGGCGUCUGCAAAGGAAGCCAAUUAAGCAAAAAAUAAAUAAUGCACAAUGUUGUUUUUUUUUUUCCUCAAAGCUGACUCACUUCUGUCUCUGAGCCACGUGUGGUGUGUGUGUGUGUGUGUGUGUCCUCCCAUUUAGCGGGAUGUUCGAGGCCCUGCCUGAGGGAGGGGGAGUGUGGGGGAGGGGGGGGUGUUUAUGCUCACACCGUUUCAGGUGGGGAUGCCGCGCAAACUCCGCCCUCCUGCUGGAAACAAACGUAUUUAUAGCACCACCUGUCAGAUGUGUCCA